UCCGCUGACCAGGAAAACGUCAAACAAACAAAAUGGCGGACAGAAGAAAGCAAAGGAGUCAGUUCAUGAUAAUUCCCCAAAUAUAAGGCCAUUACAUCUCAACUCAGAACGGGAUGGGGAAAAUAACUGGUAGUUCGUCGAACACCGAGUUCGAGAUGCCGACAUUUCACAACUGGACGCCAUUAGCGAAGAAGUAUCACCCUCUACAAGCGGGGAGUAUCGACGGCACAGACCAGGUCCCGCAUGACAACGCGGUGUGGCGGGCGAUGCAAGCGAAAUACAAACCUAACAAGCAGGUGGCCGGUGACGCUGGGUGCACACUGUUCGUUGGAAGACUCUCAAAAGAGACCAGAGCAGAAACACUGGUGGAAGCUUUCUCCAAAUAUGGAGAAGUUGAAAACUGUAGACUUGUUAGGGACUUUGUUACAGGCUUCUCGCGAGGAUAUGCUUUUGUUGAGUUUAAAGAAAGAUGGGAUGCUAAGACAGCAUACAGAGAAAUUAGCAAAUGUUGCAUUGAUGGACAAGAGAUUCUAGUGGAGUUUGAAGCUGGCCGAAAUCUUGAGGGCUGGAUCCCAAGAAGACUAGGUGGCGGCUUUGGAGGUAAGAAGGAAUCCGGCCAGCUGAGAUUUGGAGGACGGGACAGACCAUUCAGGAGACCUUUACCCAUACAAGGGGCGGGAGAAGAGACUAAACAAGAUGACGUCAUCCCUCGUGACCGCACGACGUUGCGUGACCAGCGUUACCGUGAUAACGAGGACCGUGAGCGACACCAACGUGGUCGGGAUCGACAUCACCGUGAUCGGGAUGACAGUGGGUGUCGUUUCCGUGACAAUGAAGGAAAGCGUUACAGCGACUUACGUCAUGAUGGUGACAAGAUCUACCGUGACCGUGACAAUGAAGGAAAGCGUAACCGUGACGCAAGUGAUGGUCGAGACAGGAGCUACCGUGACCGUGAUAGGAGGUCUCGUGAAGAGCGUGAACCAAGACCUGAACGUGAAUCCGAUCGUGAUUCAAAUCGUCAAAAGCAUCAACGUGAUAGACAUCGUGAGAAAUCGACCCACCGUCGAGAGUCGAGCCGAGACCACCGAGAUAGGAGGAAAGACACGUGACCGUGCCCAACGUCUCGUGACCAUGUCCCUCUGUUGCACUGUGUUAUUUUAUCCGUUCGCUACUUGGCAAAGGCAGUCAGAUAGUCCAGUAACCAAAGCGCACACAUUAGUGCUGCCUUGACAAGUAUGAGAGGACUAAGUAAUUACUGGAUGUUAGAAGUAAAUGAUCGUUACACAACGAUGCUUUUGAACCUGGCGAAUGGCAAAGAAUAUUUAGCAAAAUAAUGGGCCACGGUUUAGUCAACAAUCCACUAUUAGAGGAGAGAAGCUGUCAAUUAAAGGGGUGGUGUCAUAAGAUUUUUAUAAGCCGCGGUUUACUCGGCCAUUACACGGACGGAAGCUAGCCUGAGGAUCCCACAUAAAUAAACCGUAUGGUUCUCUUAGUGACCCUGCUCCUUAGCGAAGGACUUCAGCCAAUGCAGACAACGCCAGCAUUGCAAAGCUUUGUACACCAUGUUUGGAGGUGCUGCGGCAUUGUUUGCCAACAUUUAUUUCUUUUCUGCCUCGAGCGAUAUGUCGUAAGCGAUGUUUGCCGCUGUUUGCUCGGGGCGACAUAGAUGCGCCACUAUGAUGUAACCUUUAGCCGCUUAAUUCGUGCGUUUUUAAACACAGCUUAAAAGCUGUAGAUUUAAAAAAACCGAGGCUUUACUUUAACUGAAGAAAUCUUCAAGCUUAUUUUUGAUGUUAGAAAACGAAUAAAAGAUCAUUUGAAAAGUGA